AUGGGCGAUCGGAAGCGCAGUCACGACGGUACCUUAGAACCUGCUCGGCCUACCAAGCGUGCUGUGGAAGAACACAACGCUCAGCAAGAAGACGAAAAGAGUGUCGAUGCUUUGACUGCCACAGCCUGCUUACCCACCGAGUCGUCACCUCAUCCCCCUUCGACCGACGCUGAUGCAAGUAUUGCGGAUCCGGAAGACAGGGUCUUACGCUGCUGUGGGUGCGAUGCAGCCAUUGAAGACGGAGAUGGAGUUGCAGACGAUUGCCCUUCGUGCCAGUCUCCGGUGGUGUACUGCUAUAGCUGCAACAGCACCACCAGCACCACCGACCCACUGUCGCAAGUCUGUCGACGCUGUUUGGCCGUUCUGCAUCUCGAUAGUGACGCCGACGAGGACGUGCUGGUGUGUCCUACUUGCGAUGCCACCCUCGAAGGUCCAGACGGAGAGUGCCUCAACACCACGAUCUCGACAUUGGCCACAACUUUGCUCGCAAGCGAUCUCGCAAGAAUGUGCGUCAAGCGUGGCAGCUCGCCUGAGGGUGUGCGACCAAGACAGGCGAAGCGUAAAGCAAUGGAAGCCCUCACGAGCGCGCGCAAGUCCACCGCCAUAAAGGCAUCAGGCACUAGCGAAAAGCUGCCCAACAAGAGGGAAAAGCACGAGACAAAGCAGGACUCGAAGCAGGUGCCCAAGCAGCAAGCGAACGAGAAGGGCAGGCGCAAGUCGAUGCGUCUCGCUGAGCAGCGUCAGCUGAAGGGAACCGAGGAUGGGGAGAAGCCCGAUGGAAAGAGGGAGAAGGAAGAGGGAUCCAAGAAGGAGCACAGCGAGGAGCUGGAGAUCAAGCAGGAGGAAACGGGCGCGAAGGAGAAGGAGCUGAAGCCCAAAGGCGAGGAGCUGAACUCCACGAACGAAGAGGCGGAUAUCAAGAAGGAAGAGGAACCGUAUCUCAAGCAGGAAGAGUCGGAGGUCAGACAGGAGGAGCUGGAGCCCAAGAACGAGGAGCUGGAGGUCAAGGAGGAGGAGAAGCUGGGACCCAGAGACGAGGAUCUGGUACCCACGAAUGACGAGCCGGAUGUCAAGAAGGAAGAGGAGCCACAAUUCAAGCAGGAAGAGUCAGAGCCCAAAACGAAGAAGCUCGAGGCCAAGGAGGAGAAGCCAGAGGUCAAAGAGGAGGAAGUGCCGACGCCAAAGAAAGACGACGAGCCGGAGCCAAAGAAGGAGGAGGAUCCGGAUUCCGAGGAGGACGAGGACAGCGAGAAUUCCGUCGAACCCGGCGAAGAGACAUUCGAGUGCAAUCAUUGUAACGCUGUGUUGCCGACAGAGGCGGAAGAGUGGCCCUCAUGCGGCGCAUGCGUCUUCUGGUGCGAAGACUGCUUUGCUCCAAUGCUCACCUCAAAAGACUGUCCUCGCUGCGAUUCUUGGUGGAACCACCGCUACUGGGAAGCUUGCGAUGACUGCGACCAGAUGCGCGAUCCUAAUGCUCCUUGUCCCCACUGCGAAGGGGGCUCAGAGGAGGAUGAUGUUUCGGUGGAGGCUGAAGAGUCGGAGGAUGAAGGGAGGGAGGAGGACUAUUAG